AUGUCACCACAAUUAAUUGACAACGGCAAGCGAGGCAACACCACUCUGAAAUCAAUGGAUCCCGACAAAGAAGUUCUCGCUACAACUGAAGAUGACACGACGUACAUUGACAAUAUCCCUUUUAAAAAGCAUCUGAUCGUUGUGGUGGUUCUUUGUGUAGCGUCCCUCCUUUCCGGCUUAUUUAUUCCCAAAAUUACUACGGUAUUUGGCUUUGCUGGAUCCAUCUGUGGUGGGUUCAUGGCCUUUAUCUUUCCUGCGCUGUUCUACAUGUACUCUGGUGGCUUCACGGUGCGACAGGAGGGGUGGUUCAACUACUACAUUACUUACUUGCUGCUGAUCUGUGGAGUGAUUGGCAUCGUCUUUGGUUUGAUAGGCACUAUCUACAACACCGUGAUCGGCUAG